ACCCCCACCCCGACACCCUCCCUCCCCCCGCCCCUCCUAUAGCUGGAGCCAUGCAGUCGUUCAGCAGAGAGAGGAGCGGUUUCCAUGGCAACCAGCCCUGCUACCAGCAGGAGCACCAUGAAUUAUCACGCCUGGAGAGCUACCGACAACACCCCCACCACGGACAGACCAGGCAGGUCUACGAGGCGCACGCGCUGGCCACCGCUACAGGGAUGCCUCCAGCGGGACCAGGGGCCGGACCUGGACCAGGAAGCGGACCCAUACCUGGACCUAAGGACUGUUACAGCCAGCAGGCAUACCCUGGAUACCCCCAGGGUAAUGGAGGUGGUGUGGGUGGUGGUGUGGGUGGUGGAGGAAGUUCGACGCCUCAUGAUAAGAAGGCUUACAGUGGGGGGAGCCAAGGACCUCCUCCCACUCCCCAGCAUAUGCAGGCGGGCGGCUACAGCAAUCACAUGGGCCCGGGGGGGAUACCCGGCCCAGUAUAUGAGUGAGGGCCACCUCCAGCAGUCUAAGUGGGACGACCCAGCUCAGCUAGCUCAGUACGAGCAGGAGAUGGUAGGCAGGAUGGAGCCAGGUCCCCCUGGGUCCUCCCAGUAUCUGGACCAGAACAUGCUGGCUCACUCCCAGAGCCAGUGUCACCAGCCCCACCAGGCCUCUGCUCCGGUCUACACCAGCCCACACCACCAGCCCCAUCCCGCAAACCCAGGCCAGUCCCCGUUGAUGUACCCCCAGAGCCACCUCCACUACCCCCAACACCCCUCGUCCCCCUCGCCUUCCUCCUCCUCCUACAUGGAGAAGUGCAGCCCAAUGCCCCACUGUUACAAGGGAUAUAGUAUGCCGCCCAGCUCCCAGUACACUAGGCAGAUGGGCAGCCACAGUGGUCUGAAGCAGGGGGGGAUACCGCCCGCCACCCCAGAACAGUUACAGCUACCAACAGACUCCCUCCAGGGGUGGCUACGAGCCCCAGCCCCCACUACAAGGCAUUCCCACUCCCCAGGAGACCCACCCCAAAUACCAACACUUCAGCCAGCCCCAGCAG